AUGGCUAAUCGUCUCGAUGCUCUUGCCAAGAUGAUGCAGGAGAUCGCCGAGGAGGAGAACUCCGCGAAUUCUUAUAGAGGAAACCCAUUUCGACGCCUUAGGGAGGCUAGUUUCCUGCAAGGCGUCGAGAAAUUGCACUUCCUCAUUGUAGAUGGGUUAGAACGUAUCCUCACGAAUCAAGGAGCUCUCACAGAACUCGCGGUCAUAGAGUAA